GAAAAUUAGUUACUUGAAUUUGGCUGUAUUCAUGGUGAGAUUAUGUGCCAUUGACCAAUUGUGGAUGCAAGUGAAAAGUUUCUGACCUUUUUCAUGGUUGUCCCAAUCAGAUAUCCCUGUGAGAUGGAUAGCCAAGUUCAGCGAGAUGGUCGCCUUUUGGAGCUGAUAGAUGAGAAGUGGAUCUUGGAAAAGUUACCUGAAGAAGAUGUAGCCAUUCCACGAGAUGAGCUCCCUGAUCUUGAGCAGGACAAUGGACACACUGCUGAGUCAACCAAGGAACAGGAGAUGAAAUGGAAUGAUCUCUCCCUUCAACAGAUCAGUCAAUAA